AUGUCGCCCUCCACCACCCUCCCGGACCCCACGGCGGGCGAACCCGGGCGUGCUGCGAGUACACCCGCAGCAUAUAGCCCGUCUGAUGUACCGACGCGCCCGCGACGCACCACAGCGCAAUCCGACAUACACGAGACUAUCCUGCACCCCGGCACUGUGCGCAUCAACGUGCAGGGUGCCUUCAUCGUCAGCGACGAGCCGACCACGCCCCGGAGCGACGACUACGAGCACGACCCGCGCGACAUCCGCCUGCCAAACCACACGGCCGUGGUCAGCCAUAUCGCCGUUGAUGCAAGACGCUCCCUGGCCAAGCUCGUCUACUUCUCGCGCGAACCCGAAGACUCCCUGGGCGGCCGACUCAACUUCCUCAAGUUCGAGACGGAUAGGAUAGACUCAUGCAUCGAGUUCAUGCACAAGCUGCAAGCCGACUACCGGCGGCAGAAUGGCUCCGGCCCCGAAGAGCUCUGCGUUAUGGCGACGGGCGGCGGCGCCUUCAAGUUCUACGACAAGAUACGGGAGGCGCUGGGCGUAGAAGUCAUACGGGAGGAUGAGAUGGAGUGUCUGAUAAUAGGUCUCGACUUCUUCAUCACAGAGAUCCCAGACGAGGUCUUUACCUACCGCGAAGAGUCCCCGAUGGACUUCAUACCGUACCCGCCGCAACCGCCCUCCAUAUACCCCUACCUCCUCGUCAACAUCGGCUCCGGCGUCUCCAUGGUCAAGGUCUCGGGGCCGCGGCAGUAUGAGCGUAUUGGCGGCACAUCGCUCGGCGGCGGAACCCUCUGGGGCCUGCUGUCCCUGCUGACAGGCGCGCGCAACUUCGAUGACAUGCUCAAGCUCGCCGAAAAAGGCGACAACUCGACGGUCGACCUCCUCGUUGGCGACAUCUACGGCGCAGGGUACAACAAGAUCGGCCUCAAGAGCACGCACAUUGCCUCCUCCUUCGGCAAAGUCUACAAGAUGAAGCGCGCCGCUGAGGACGAAGCCGAAGACGGCUGCGGCAACGGCGCCUCCUCGCACUACUCCGAGCACGACCACGUCGCGGGCUCCUCGGAGCUGCCACACCCGCCCGCCAAGUUCCGCCCCGAAGAUAUCUCCCGCUCCCUCCUGUACGCCGUGUCAAACAACAUCGGGCAGAUCGCCUAUCUCCACGCCGAGAAGCACAAUCUCGAGAAGAUAUACUUUGGCGGGUCGUUCAUCGGGGGUCAUGCGCAGACGAUGCACACGCUAAGUUAUGCGAUUAGAUUUUGGUCGAAGGGCAGCAAGCAGGCGUAUUUCUUAAGGCAUGAGGGGUAUCUUGGGGCCGUGGGGGCGUUCUUGAAGAGGCAACCGAGGAAUUGGGGGAGGAGGGGGAGCUUUGAGGGGAGGUGA